AUGAGAGACAGAUUCAUCAUUGAUGAAGGGCAAACAGUCUGUGUACGAAGGAGAACAGUGCCGGAACCUGUUCCGAUGUUUCAGAUCAAAAAUCAACUUGGAUCUGGAGGAUUUGGUGCAGUCUACGAAGCUCUGAAGAUAAAUUCGAAAACCAAAUCAGACGAAACGGUCGUGCUGAAAUUGGAACGAGCUGAUGCUGAAUACCCCCAGUUGAAGAUCGAGUACACAAUUUACACCAAACUACACGAUCGACAAAGCAAAAAAUUGAGAAAUUUCGCAUUCUUCCAUCGAUUUGCUUGUGAUGUCGAGCUUCAGUCGAAGGAGGUGGUGGAUGACCCCCGACUACCUGACUUUGGCCAAGUAAAGUUCCGUGGACCGCAGAGCUUCAACAUCUUAGCUCUUGAAAAACUGGGCCCUGAUCUGCUUACUAUUCUCAAGUACGCCAAAGCCAACGACUUCUACCUUUUGAACAAGCACUACAACCAGAAAUACAACAAGGGAUUGAGCUUUACUACCGUCAUUAACACGGGAGAGCAAAUCUUCAGCGCUCUGGAAUAUCUUCACUCCAAGAACUUGCUGCACCGAGAUAUCAAGCCGCAAAAUAUUUUAACUGGCCGGGAUGAUCGGAAGCAGAACAUUUUUCUCGUCGAUUUUGGUCUUUCUAAAUGCUACAGAAAUGGGAUGAAGGAAAUGCCAGACGAACACAAGCACGGGCCAGGAACUGACUUCUACAAGUCGAUCAACAUCACCUCUCCCUCAAAGGAUCAGCGCGAAAACAUCAGCUCCGCUUCGCUCAGGGAUGACUGUAUUUCCGCCAUCUAUGUUUUGAUUGAGCUGUACAAGGGCGAACUUCCCUGGGGGAAAUACGAUCGAAGUCAGAAGAAGAAGAUCUACGAGAUGAAGGAAGCCCUCCUAAACGAGAAAAAAUGGAAAGCCGAGUUUCCAGAGCUCCUGCCCCUUUGCCCAGUCCUCGAAGACCUCCAUGUUCUCCAAUUUGGAGAAACACCUCCUUACAGGGACAUCAAGCAGACUUUCGAUGCGAUGAAAACGCAUCGAAACUACCGCCAAGAUGAAUACUUGGACUGGCUCAUCGAAGAAAAUGGAUUCGACAUUCUCUGGCAGCCAAAAAUCACGAAAAGAAGAACUUGUUGA